AUGCCCCCAAACCUCAGCUACGGAUUGAACCUACCGAAUAAAAAUUCCUCAGCAACGAAACCGGGCAAUGCUCUCGGACAGAAAAGAAAGAAGAACAUUUUUGAGGAUGACUCUGGGGAUGAAGACCAGCAAAAUGGCGACGGCGCAAUUGAAGUCACGACGAUCGGAGGGCUAGAUGAGCCAGUCGCGAACCCGAAACCCUCAUCAGCCGCAGGGCCACCGCCGAAACGCAAGAUGCAGCUCGGAGGCGGCCCUAAGCCAACUGCCAAGCCACUCAGCAAAAACUCGAUAUUUGCAGAUGACGAGGAUGAGGACGAGGAAAAAGAGAAAGAGAAGCAAAGUGGAACUACAUUUGGAUUGAACGCGCAGCCGAAGAAGCCAACCGCUCCUCAGGACUUCACUAACAUAUCGGCAAUGCGCACCAGCAAGAUGCAUGCAAAACAAGCUGAGGAAAUUGACCCGUCGAUAUACUCGUACGAUGCGAUAUACGACAGUCUUCACGCCAAACCUGCCAAGUCUACGGUAGAAACCAAGAGCGAAACACCCAAAUACAUGAAGAACUUGUUAGAGAGCGCGGAGAUUCGGAAACGCGACCAAUUGCGGGCUAAAGACCGCCAACUCGCCAAAGAGCGUGAAGCGGAGGGCGAUGAGUUUGCCGACAAGGAGAAAUUCGUUACAUCUGCCUACAAGGCGCAGCAAGCAGAACUCCGGAAAGCGGAGGAAGAAGAAGCGCGCCGGGAGAAGGAGGAGGAGGAAAAGCGGAAGAAGAAUGGUGGUUCUGGUAUGAUCGGAUUCUACCGGGAUGUCCUGUCGCGAGGAGAAGAGCGGCACGAGGAAGUUGUCAAAGCCGCGGAAGAAAAAGCGCGCCGCCUCAAGGCAGGCGAGAUACUCGAAGAGACAGAGAAGGAGAAGGAAGAGGAGAAGUCUGAAGCUCAGAAAGCAGAAGAACUCAACUCUCAUGGUGCCCGGAUUGUUCUUAACGACGAGGGCCAAGUCGUCGACAAGCGGCAACUUUUGUCUGCAGGACUUAACGUGGCACCGAAGCCGAAGGCUCAACCGUCUGCUCCCAGACCGGGGGCUGCCCGGCCUACGGCUGGACGGGCAGGUGCCGGCGCUGGGUACCCGAAUGCUCGUGCUGCCCAGCGAGCUCGACAAACUGACAUGGUCGCAAGCCAAUACGAGGCGCGUGCGCGAGAAGAAGAAGAGGCCGAGGCUGCGAAGCAAAAAGAGAUUGCCGAGAGGAUUCGUAGUCGCAAGACUGAGAAAGACGUUUCCAGCGCCAAAGAACGGUACCUGGCAAGAAAGAGGGAACGGGAAGAAGCUGCCGCCAGAGAGAAGUCAAAGAAGGAUUGA